CACAGGUCUGUGUGUAGUGGCGGCGGAGCCAGGCGAGGGUGGUGCGGCCGCGGGGCUCAGCAUUCGGGGGUCGUACGGCCCACGGUGGCGGCGAAAAGGACAACGGCCCGGACGCCCGGCUCCCUCAUCCGCGGAAUCGCCGCUCCCACCCCUUCUCUGGUCUUCGGCGGCGCCGGCCCGUGGCUUCCUCCUUUCCUGUCCAGCUCCCCGCGGGCCUCUGACUGCCCGGGCGAGAAGCACCGAGGGGCGCCAAGAGGACCCGGCCAGCAGCGACGGGCCACGCGCCCAUCACCCCGCCCGGCCUGGGCCCCAUGUGGAGGGACGGGCCUGCCCCCUCGGCCUGUGACUGAUUUCCUCGCGCGCCCCUCCGGCCCCCGGGGACCCAGCGGCCUCCCCGGAUUGGGGGCCAGGGUGACAAGCCGCGCGGGGGCGGAGGGGCGGGCUCGGCGUCCCCUCCACGGGCCUGCGGCUCUCUACUCCCCGGUGGAACAGCCGGUAGUUCCUAAAGAAAUAAAGAAUGCUGAUGAGAGAACCAUUUUCCUAAUUUUCAAAUUGUUGAGCUGGUUGCCAUGAUGGAUGAUCAGCAGGCUUUGGACUCAAUCAUGCAAGAUUUGGCUGUUCUUCAUAAGGCUAGUCGACCAGCAUUAUCCUUACAGGAAACGAGAAAAGCAAAAUCUUCAUCACCAAAAAAACAGAAUGAUGUCCGAGUCAAAUUUGAACACAGAGGAGAAAAAAGAAUCCUUCAGUUUUCCAGACCAGUUAAACUGGAAGAUCUGAGGUCUAAAGCUAAAAUUGCCUUUGGACAGUCUAUGGAUCUGCAUUAUACCAAUAAUGAGUUGGUAAUUCCGUUAACUACACAAGAUGACUUGGACAAAGCUGUGGAACUGCUGGACCGUAGUAUUCAUAUGAAGAGCCUGAAGAUAUUACUUGUAGUAAAUGGAAACACACAGGCUACUAAUUUAGAACCUUUACCAUCAGUAGAAGAUUUGGAUAACACAUCAUUUGGAGCAGAAAGGAAAAAGCGGCUUUCUCUAAUAGGUUCUACUAGUAGAGAUAGAAGUUCUCCUCCCCCAGGAUACAUUCCCGAUGAAUUACACCAGGUUGCCCGGAAUGGGUCAUUCACAAGUAUCAACAGUGAAGGAGAGUUCAUUCCAGAGAGCAUGGACCAAAUGCUGGAUCCAUUAUCUUUAAGUAGUCCUGAAAAUUCUGGCUCAGGAAGUUGUCCAUCACUGGACAGUCCUUUGGAUGGAGAGAGCUACCCAAAAUCACGAAUGCCUAGGGCACAGAGCUACCCAGAUAACCAUCAGGAAUUUUCAGACUAUGAAAACCCUAUCUUUGAGAAAUUUGGAAAAGGGGGAACAUAUCCAAGAAGGUAUCAUAUUUCAUAUCAUCAUCAAGAGUAUAACGAUGGUCGUAAAACUUUUCCAAGAGCUAGAAGGACCCAGGGGACCAGCUUCCGGUCUCCCGUGAGUUUCAGUCCUACUGAUCACUCCUUAAGUACCAGUAGUGGAAGCAGUAUCUUUACCCCAGAGUAUGAUGAUAGUCGAAUAAGAAGAAGAGGAAGUGACAUAGACAAUCCUACUUUGACUGUAAUGGACAUCAGCCCACCUAGCCGUUCACCUCGAGCUCCAACCAACUGGAGAUUGGGCAAACUGCUUGGCCAAGGAGCCUUUGGCAGGGUUUACCUCUGUUACGAUGUUGAUACAGGAAGAGAAUUGGCUGUUAAGCAAGUUCAGUUUGACCCAGAUAGCCCUGAGACCAGCAAGGAAGUCAAUGCACUUGAGUGUGAAAUUCAAUUGUUGAAAAACUUGCUGCAUGAGCGAAUUGUUCAGUAUUAUGGCUGUUUGAGAGAUCCCCAGGAAAAAACACUUUCCAUAUUUAUGGAAUAUAUGCCAGGGGGUUCAAUUAAGGACCAAUUAAAAGCAUAUGGAGCUCUUACUGAGAAUGUGACUAGGAAAUACACCCGUCAGAUUCUGGAGGGUGUCCAUUAUUUGCACAGUAAUAUGAUUGUCCAUAGAGAUAUUAAAGGUGCAAAUAUCCUACGAGAUUCAACAGGCAAUGUCAAACUAGGAGAUUUUGGGGCCAGCAAACGGCUUCAGACCAUCUGUCUGUCAGGGACAGGCAUGAAGUCUGUCACAGGCACACCAUACUGGAUGAGUCCUGAAGUGAUCAGUGGAGAAGGAUACGGCAGAAAAGCAGAUAUUUGGAGCGUAGCGUGUACUGUGGUAGAAAUGCUAACUGAAAAGCCACCUUGGGCUGAGUUUGAAGCAAUGGCUGCCAUCUUUAAAAUCGCCACCCAGCCAACAAACCCAAAGCUGCCACCUCAUGUCUCAGACUAUACUCGAGAUUUCCUCAAACGGAUUUUUGUAGAGGCCAAACUGAGACCUUCUGCUGAUGAACUCUUAAGGCACAUGUUUGUGCAUUAUCACUAACAGCCAGUACCUCUCCUGUGCCUCUACCCAGCUCCCAGCUAUUCAUUCACCUUCUCUCUGACUGCACUUUUCUUUUUUAUAAAAAAAAAAAAAAAAGAGAGAGAUGGGGGAGAAAAAAAGACAAGAGGGAAAGUAUUUCUCUUGAUUCUUGGUUAAAUUUGUUUAAUAAUAAUAGUAGCCUAAAUUUUUUAUAUUUAAUCUUUUUUUUCCCUUACAAGAACUUGAAACUUCUUUUUUUUUUAAUUUUUAUAAUGUACUGAUGUGGUUCGGAGAGAUAAAGCACUUUAGUACAUAGUCACUCUUUUUAGUACAAACAAAUCAUUAGGGACACCUAAAGAUUGUAGAGUCUUUCCCUAUAUCACUGACAUAUCGGUGGUGAUGGAGAGACAUGGAAAACAAGGAGAAGAAAAUAAUGUAUAAUUUGUAGUUUUUAGUAAUAGUAUUUAAAAUAGAUCCUCAUUUGUGGGAUUGAGCCCUAAACUUGAGUUUAGGGUAGGUACUCAACUUAAAGAAUAUAGGUUCCUUCUUAUAUCUGUAUUCUUUAGAUCUUAACCUCUGUCUACCAGACUUUUUGCUCAGUAGGAAUCUUGAUAAAAGAUACGACGCUCUCUAAGAAGUAUGUUUAUUUGUGAAUCCUAACCAGUAUAAUAAGCAAACACUAUGAUAGAUCCAUGUUACUGGAAUCUAUAAAUCUUGAGGGAUAGCUUUCUACAUUAAAAAAAUUCUAUUUUAUUUUAAAGACAAUGAACAAUCCAAGUAAAAGACAAAAGAAUAAUGUUCUCAUUAAAUCUGUGAGCAGAAGAGGAAACCACAUUUGCCAGUCAAUAGAAAUAAUGAAAAAAGAACUAAAUGUUUUUAGUAUAUUUUAAACCAUGAGGGAGAAAGUCCCAAAAUUGAAGGAAUGGAGAAAUAAUCAAAAUCAUAUAUACUCUUUUCCUGUUUCUAGCUCCUAAUUCCCCAUGGAUAAUAUUCUUUAGGAAAUAGCCAAGAGUAUCCAUGUGUAAAAGCUAGUGUCAUGAGAUGAAACACUUGUUCUUGGGAUCACAGAAUACUAAAGCACCUCAAAAAAAUAGCUGUCAUGUAAAACUGUGGUUUUUAACGAGUAAGAUAAUUUCACUUGGCAUUUGCCAAUUUCUGGAUAUGGUUUUGGUUGUCACUACGAGGAGGGCACCACUGGCAUCAGGAAUGCUAUUACAUAGACUACACAAGAAAAGCAAAAUCCCCUCAAGAAUUAUUCUGGCUCAAAUACUUUGUAUCAAAAGUGCCAAAGUCUUUAACUGAUAUAAACCAAAAACAAAUUUACAAAACAGUAAAUGUAAAAACAAAUUUCAAAGAGAAAGCAGAUACAGAGCAAAACGAGGGUUUUAUAAGACCAGAUAACACUGUUUUUAGUCAAAGGUGAAUGAUCUCAACAAACAACGUAUAGUAGUCACUUCCUUACUACCUUCAUAUUGCACCAAAAUUAGUAACUCUUCCAUUUUAGAAACAAAAUAAAUUUGAACACUGAGUCUUUUGAACUCAGCCAUCUGUAUAAAAUUCUUUCCUUGAAAGUCAGUUCAUAAUUUUGGACAAAGAAAAGCAUAUCAAAACAGUAUUAAAUACUAACAGAAAGGUUCAAAAACUGCCAUGUGUUUCUAGUAUAAUGUGUCUAAGAGCAAGGAUAUUAAAUGGAAUUAGACAACUGGGAAAGGUCCCACUAUCUUCUAAUGGAAUUGUAUUACUAGAAAAACGAAGAUAAUAAUUUGGCCACUUGCAGUUUUUUUCAGCAUAUUAAAGCAAGUGCUAGGUACUUUAUUUUUAAAGGUCUAGAAAAUAAUAGUCUUCCUAGAGGCCCUGAACGUGAUGCCUUUCAUGGGAUUCAGAAGGGACUCAGGUAUUCUUAUUUUCUGCCAAAAGGUAUGCUCAUUUAGGAACUGUUUAUACUUUGUUUCUGGAGUUAGGUAGAUCUUGGUUUACUGUAUCAAGGUCUUACCUGGCAUUCCCUGUAGGAAUAUUUGAAAUUCCACUAGCUAGUCUGAGAAGUCAAAGCACAAAAUUAGUUGGCUGUGCUUCUCUUAUACUCUUAAAUCAAAGGAAACCGUUUACAAAGAAGAAUUAGCUGCCCCCACCUUGAUAAAUCAACUGCCAAAUCUUGUGCUAGAAACAUAAUCCCCAAGUGUGUGGAUCUAUUAUAAUUUCAUUUUUUUAUGAGUGAGGGCAUCUUUUCUACUUGAGCAAGACCAUGGUCUCUGGGCCCAUGGGCUUUUUCCUCAUAUCUUUGUCUUGUGUGGUUGUGCUUUCCCUUUGGCUCUAUUUUGGUCUGUCAGGGUAACCAGCAGUGCAGAAAAUGAAACAAAUGCUCUUUAGAGAAAUUGGGGGAAGACUGUAAAACUCACAGCAAAACUGUUUGCUCUUUUCAGUCUCCUUUUUCUUUUCUAAAAUGCUGUGGGAAAUAAGGGCACCUGAAAAGAAGGUACUUCUUUAACACUGCUGCCGAAGGCCUUUGCUUUGUAAGAAAAAUACUAUUAACUACGAGAAAGUAAUGUUCUUUAUGUAAAGACUUAAAAAUAGACUAAUAGUUUACAGAGUUAUUAUAUAAAAUAUGAUGUGAAUUUAUUUCAAACAAGUUGUGAAGGUACCAAAAAUCACAAUAAAAGUUAAUAUAUGUAAAAACUACUAGAACAAAAAAGCUUGAAGGUAGGGGUGGGGGUAUAGGAGACCAAAAGUAAAUUAGUAAAAAUAAAUUUUUGAAAAGAAACACCUCUAUCAGGGGAAAUUAAACAUAGCACUCCAUUUCUUUUCUUCUUUCAAAUAAUGAUAUGGAUCAACAAAUGAAAUACGAACUUUUAAAGAUUACUCUAAAUGUAUUUUGUUUCUUAAAUGCAUGUCUGAUUCUUCUAUGCUGUAAUGUUUCUUUGCUGAGGCUGGAAAGUGGCCAGACUGCUGACUUUGUGCCUUUAAAUGCAUUCUGCUUUGACAGUGGCAGACUUUUUGGUGCUGGAGAAGAUACACUAGCAGUCUUCUAUGUGCUUUUCAGGAAAUAUCCUUCUAGGCCUUGAGAGAUUUAAAGUGGUGUGACAUAGGCUUGGACCAAAUAUAAGAUCUUUUACAUUGCAAAUGAAAUUUAUCAAAUAAAACAGCUGAAAAAUACCAUACUAACUAAUAGAAGUUUUGAUUGGUUAAUUCCUUAAAGUGUAUUUAAAACUAUACAAGUUGAAAAUUUUAGUAUGAAUAUCUUAAUGAUUAUUUUCAGCACUUUUUCUUGUUUACAAAACAUCUUUCUAACUUAAAAAAAAUGACUAUUGCCUUGCAGAGUUUUAAAAGGCAUAGUCAUCCUUACAUAAUGCAUAUAAGAAAUUGAAAUAUUAACGUACUUGCUGAACUAUAAAAGAAAAAACUCUGUUUUCAGAGUAAAUUGGCUUCCACUUCAGAGCGUCUUUAUCGUAUUCCCAUCAGAAACCCGUAUUAAAUAGGUGAAACUGUUCUUUAGCUUUCUGCUACUCCAGCUCUCACAUACGUCCUAAGUUUGCUCUGUCAUGUUUCUGAGCUGGAAUUAUAAGAUAUGUGAAAUACUAAUAAAGUCAAGUCAGAUCUGAAAAGUGUAGCAGGAUGAUCAAGCCAUAUGCAUACGCCUUGGCCCAUGGCAAAGCUCUGUGCCAAUGAUUUCGUUUUUGGGUCUAGGGAUCCAUAGCUUGAUUUAAAAAAAUCACCUGAUGUCAAUCAAGUAUAUACAGUUAUCCUUUCACAAAUAAAAUGAAUCUUUUUCAUUUGCUUAUUCAAUAAUUAUGACUUAUUGUAUCAGGUAAGUGAUACAAGUCUAAGAGGAACAAGGGCAAACACACUUUAUGGCAUACCUUAACUCUGAAAGUUCAGCAAUGAUGUUUUAAAACGUUACAAUUUUUUUUUUUUUUUGAUGAAGUAAGGGGAAAAAUUUUGGGUAUUUAUCAGCUGUUAUAAACUGAAAUGUCAUUAACAACAGGGAAUAGAGUAAAAGUAUCCCCAAAUUUUGAGGACUCUCCACCUGUCCUGGUCACACAGCCUGUCUCUCAGGACCCCCUCUUACUGUAAACUAGCCUCUACUCAAACAGUUUCAGUGAUGAGGAACAAUUAUGCCAUAACAGCGUUGUCCCCACCACCACCAGGAGGUCCUUUUAAAGAAAAAAAAAUGCUUUCUUUUGGUGUAAUUUGUGAAAAUACCCCAAACAUUUGAUAGUGUCAACAGUAUUAAGUAUUAUUUAUGCUAAGAUCAGGAUAAUUUCUUUCGAACCAUAUUGUUUUUAUCAUUAAGUUUGGCCUUUGUUACAAAUGUAAUGUUCAUAUUUAUUUGAAUUUGAAGAUUGGUUAACAUCAAUGAAAAGCAAUUCAGUUGUUAAUUUUUAGUAGUGCCUUUUUCUCUGUAUGCCUUAAUUUUAUUUUAUAUUAAUAAUAAUUUGUUACCCACCAAAAUGAAGGUUUUUCCAAAAUCAGUAGGCUUCACGAGUUCAUUUGGCCUUGGACUGUGUAUUGGCCCUUAAACAUUUCUUAAUGCCUACUUCCUCCUCCUACCCUUUUCUACCUCCUUUUUUUUUUUUUUUUUUUUUAAUGUUUGGAGAGAAACUUUAGCAUUUGUCUGUGACAAAUGCACUGCAGUCUCCACUAGAUGUGAAUUCCUAAUAUAGAAAGCGAUAUUCUCAUUCUAAAGAGACAUAGUAAAUUGUUUUCCAGGUUGAUUUUCAAUCAUAUUGGCACUGUCCAAGUUCUUUAUAUAUCAUAGUUAAGUUAUGAUUUGCACAGCAGAGUUAGAGUGAUGGUUUUUGCCCUAAAGAAGUCAUUCAAACGGUUUACAAAUGUUGAGGCAAUGAGGCUUAGAGCUAUGAGCGAGAAAUCCAGGGAUAGUGAAUUCUAAUCCUUAUGUUUUAACUAAUAUUUUGACUAAUACUUUAGCUUACUUUUCUGCAAAGAGAGUGUGUGUGUGUGUGUGUGUGUGUGUGUGUGUGUGUGUGUGUGUGGUGUUUAGAGUUGGAGCAGGGGUAAGAAGGAAGGAGAGAAAAGGUAUGAGUAUGCAAUUAGACCAGUCUCUGUUUUUGGAAGAACAACUUGAAAAUGUAUGACUUGAUGAUGGACAGGUGUGUAAUCAUCCUUGGGUAGGAACACCAGUAUAUUUUCUAAAGUAGCUAGUAACAAUGAUUGUUUAAUAAAGAUAUUUAUUGUAAAUUGCCAUGCUCUUGGUUGCUAAAAAGUAGAUUAAAAUUCAGUUUGUGUAUGUGUAUAUAUACAAUAAUUAGCUAUACAUAAUUCUUAAAUAGGAAGUAAUUGAUUUUACACAGUUCUUCAUGAACUCUUUGAAACAGAAAUUCUGCCAGACAUCAAAACAAGCUUCCUCAGCAUACUAACUAUUCAAAUGGAAAUUCUCUUAUACUGUUUUUGGUUGGCUAGGGAUGGUAUGCUGUGAAGGUGCUGUUCCUCCUUCCUAGUUAUCUUUAGCUUGGCUUUGACUUCUGCCACGCUCUGGAUGGGAUGCUAGGAUAGACAGGUGUGGGAAGUAUCUGGCCCUCCCAUCUCCCAUACUCACCUUUCAGAGCUGUAGAUAGUAAUGAGCCCUCAGGGGAGCCUAGAUUCUCUUCUCAGUGGUAGUGCAAACAGUAAAGGUUGAGCUUCAGAAAAAUGAGGGAGUCAUAGCUACGUUAAAAAAUAAUAAAUUUUAUCUGUUGCCUGUUCACAGUUUCUUAUGUAAUUCUUCAUGUUUUUCAUAAUUGUGUAUUUUAAUUGAUGGUCACAUGGUAUUUUUGAUAAUAACAGCAAAGGCAUUAAAUCAGUGAGUACUAUUAUUCCCUCUGCCUGGUGACUUCUUGUUUGUAAUACAAUCUGUAUUAUCAGAAUCACUUUAAACCAAAGCUUUUAUAUUCCCUGCACUCACAGCCAAAAUUAUUAGCACUGUUAUUUCUACCCACUUGUAAGCUAAUAGUAUAAAAAUGAUAAAGCAGAUACUAGUAGAAUUUAUAUGCCAGUCUAUCCUUCAAGGAAAAGGACAGGUGCUCAGUGUUUGCAUUUAGACGUGCAGAAUUUACCUGUAUUAAGAAACUAUAUAGAUAAUACAAACUUAAGCUUGUACAUGUGCCAAUCUUAUUAAUGUCACUUGACCAUAGGUGCACAUAGAUACACAUUGAUGUAGAUAUAUCUGAUGCCUCCUGUUGGUCGCGUACUUUCUUCCUAGUGUCUUAACAUUUAUGAACUUAUGUUUGACUUGAGGGGCAUUUUGGCAAAGCUGUGAAUAAAAGGUUAUGGACUGAUGUCUGCUUUGUGCCAUAGACAUUUUGGAACAUAUGAAAGUGUCUGCUCUCCACUAUAUGUGCAGGAUUUGUCCCCAGACAAGGAUUUCUGAACCCCUUAAUGCCAGUUGAGAACAGUAAAGUUCAGACUUUACUGAAAAGCACUUUUGUGUUCAAUUAUUUAUAUUUUUUUAGAAUUUAUUUUUAAAAACCAUUUGUAACUAGUUAUUUUAGCAUUAGCAUUACUUGGAGGGGAGAGAGAAGUAACAAAAUUACAUCUUAAACUCUUAUUAGGUACUUAGACUACAAAAUGGAUUUGACAUAUUCUUACUUUUCCAAAGAUUGUUUUCCACCUGGAAUAAGAAAACAGGACUAGUAGUAACAUUUGAUCUGGAAAGGCUAAUGGGCAAAAGGAAGUGGGCCAAACCCUUGCAGUAUACACUUUCAGCUGAAAAUACAGUGUCUAAGGAUAAGAAUACUUCUUUAAAAACAAACAAUUACUUUAAUGCAAUCUUAUUUAGUAAGCGAAAGGUUUACAUUUUUUCUAUUGCUGUUGGUUUUAAAAUUUUCUACCCUGCAUUCUGAAACAUUAUAAGAGUUAAUACCAAAAAUACUUUCAAUGUCUGACAUCUCUUACAUUUCACACGGUUCUUUUUAUUCAUUGUAAAUAAAAGUAAACUUGGAUCAAUUUGAGAACAAACCUCUAAUUGUUGCAAACUAUAAAUUACCAAUUUGUAAAUUUACCCUUUGACUUAAUGUAUGUUUUUUAAUGUAGCCAUUAAAUUCUCUAUAUUUAACCUAUUGGUUUCUCUCUGUAAAUGUUUUUAAUCUCAGUUAAAUGCUGGGCAGUUUAUAAUUAUGUACAAAGGGUUUUUUUCCUAUUAAGAUUGACUUUUUUGCACAUUUUGGGAACUGUUUAAUUUGUACACUUAUUUACUACUAUGACCAAUAAUUGUUGAGUGUCUGAGCAUCAUGAAUGCGUGCAUUGAACUACUGUCCCUGUCUCUGUGUUUUAACUUCUUUAAAGAUGCAGCCAUCGGUUUCUGCACUGCAUUUACUGACUUAAAUGGACCUUCUUGCUUUUACAAAGUAUGCUUAUCUAUGGUUCUAUCUUUGUUGAAGAACUCAGGAGUUCAACCUUACUUUCUAAUUUUAUAAUGCAUUCUAAAAUCCAUUACUAAGUUGAAAGUAUGCUUUGUAACUCUGUAUCAGGGGAUGUGUGUUUGUGUGGAGAUGUUGUGUUCUGUCUGCAGGCACAUGUAUAUAUCCCAGUAAGUUCUUACUUUCAUUUCGUUUCUACAUUUGUAUGAACUUGUUUUAUAAAGGUACUAUUUAGUUAGGAUAAUUAAAUAUAUAUAAAAGCUUUGAGAGAUUAUUUACUAUAUAAAUAUAUUUUCAGCUGGCUGAUCAAAAAUAUUUUUUUAAUUUUGUUUUUAAUCAUUCAAAAUGUAUUUGUAUUUCCAGAAUUGGACACAAAUUAUACUUAGAGCUCAGUUAAAAUACUAUUGCAAGGAAGAACAUCGAAUUUUCUUUUGAGAAUUCUGUGAAAUGCAAAUUAAGAGAAAAAAGAAUUUUUUUUUAGCAGUAGCAAAAACACACUGUCAACUAAAAUGGCCUUUGAAUUUUAAGAGCUAUGAAAAAAUGUGAAAAACUAAGUUGUUUGAAGAGAUGUCAAGAUUUUAUAGCUCUAGUUGCUGUUGACCUGUCCUACUGUUGUUUUUGAGUAUUUCCUUUAUUCUAUUCCAGAUGAUUAAAACUUUUAGGUUUCUCCUAACUAGGCAAGGUCAGACUGGGUUUAUAAAACAAUACAUUGGCAUAUUGUGAUUCUCUGUAAUUGACUAAAAAUUGGUUUAGAAAUGUUCAAACAUGCAUUGUCGUGUCUUUAUAUACUGUACUGGGUGUUUUAAGUAACUGGCAGAUAAAAAAUUGGAAAUUAGAUUUCCAAUCUGACAACAUUAUUGUACUUAAAGGAAACCUUGUUUUUAAUAUGCAGUACUAUGUAAAAUUACUCGCGUUAGGAAUAAAGUCCACUGUUGAAGUUGAAUGUCACUAAGCUUAUUAUGUUAAAAGGAAUCAGUGUAAUAAGAAGAACCUAUCAGAAGCCAGAUAUAGUGUGGUAUGUGCCACAUUCCACGCACAUUUUGACUUUGAGUUGUUCAUUCAAAAUUGUGCUUGUAAAAAUGUAUAAAAUUCCUAAGUUUUAUAAUUUCUUUGUAUUUGGUACUUGUUUUUUCUUGCUGGUAAAUAGCUUUUUUUUUUUUUAAUCUAAUAUAAAAGAAACCAUGUUUAUAUUUUGUUAGUGAUCAUUGACUUUGUUUAUAUGGAAAUUUGUAUAUUGUUGGCACACAUCUUUGUUUAGAUUUACAUGCAUGAAGGCCUGCAAUAAUUAGCACAAUGAAAAUUGCUUUUUCUUACAUGUUCAUUUUUUUGAAAGAUUGUGGUGCAAAGGGUUACUCUAAGUAACCCUCUGGACAAUGGAAUGAAUAUAAAUGAAUGGCACUUUGAGUGUUAAUAAAGCUGAUAUUUAUUUCCACUGUGA